AUGCAAAACUCCCUAGAUGCAACAGAUAAACCAGCUAAAAGAGGGAAGAAGCCUGAAAGAAAAGGGGAUAAGGAAGGUCAAUCCUCAAAAGUUUCUACUCCCAAGAAGCGAAAGUCUGAACAAGCAGCCCCUACUGCUUCAAAGACACAAAAGACCAAGAAGAAUGCACACAAGAUGAAGGCUCCUUCUCCUUCUUCAAGUGACUCUGACUACGUUCCAUCUGACCCACCGCCCGAACCAGAGUCCAAUGAAGAUGACGUUUCUCAACACGAAAGUUCGUCUCGAGGUAAUUCGCCUCCACCCUCACCAACUCAUGAAGGUAACCGAAAAUCACCUCCUACUUCUCCUACACAAUCGGUUCCUACUACCAUUGCUCCCUUCCCUCCUCCCAUCUCAUCUUCCACUACAACCUCAAUUCCGAUUCCAAUCCCUUUAUUCAUUGGAGUUAGCACAACUACUACUACUCCAAACGAACCUCAUGUUCAUGUCAACGUAGCUGAUACGGGGGCACCUACUACUGAAUCUGAACCCCCAAUUACCUCCAAACCUUUAUCCCUACCUCCCUCACACGGGACUGACACUAGCGAUGAUGAUGAUGACGCUCCUGUCACGAAGAGGCAUUUAAAGGAUCUAAAUGACAAGCUUGAUCAAUUGCUUGCUUCCUCUUCUACUUCUAGUAAUGCAUACUCUGAAGCAGCUAUCAAGGCUCUAUUGGCAACCUUUGUCAAAGAGCAUGACACUUCCAUUACUAAUGUUGUCAAUGCUAUCGAUGCUUCCACUUCCACAUGUCAGAAAGCUUCUAUUGUUGCAGCUCAGAAGAAUGCCCAAACAGUGAAUGCUUCUGUUGAAAAUCUUACCCGCUCACUUCAGGUGGAAAAGAAGCAUUUUGAGGAAACACGCAAAGCAAUCCAGACUGCCAACACCGAGCUUCACACAUCAGUUGAUGCCCAUCUCACUCAACUUGAAGCCGAAAUUGCUGUGGAAAACAAGAUAAUGGAUGAGCUGGAUCGUCGUACCGCUCAGCUUUAA